AAUUCGAAAUAUAGACUCCUUAAGCUACAAUCAAACUAAGACUUAUUUAAUAAGAUCUCUAAUGUUCAUUCGGCUCUGAAAUCUAUAAUAGGAAGUGCAUGUGGGACAGUUUCCGUUGCAAAAGUCGUACUCCACCAAGCUAGCGAGAUGUCUUUUCCUAAUAUUGGCCAUAAAGGCCGUUAAUGUCUGUCUCUCUUGAUCUCUAGGGCUAAGUUUGGACCAGAGUCGUGGUCCAAAGAACGUCAGUGAAUGUUUCCCAUACCUGACACUGUUGAAUCGUGGGAUAUAGAAAUCAGAAUUUCUCAAAUGGUAAUUAGAUGGCGUUUCGCUGAAUAAGUCCAGAAUAUUCUUAGGGAGUAACUUAUGGCCUUGAACAUGAAUACUACUAUAUCUUGAAGACGCUUAUUAUAUAAGGAAGUAAGAUUAGCGCGUUUUAAUAAGGUAUUAUAUGACAAAUUCCAAUUACAGAAAACCGCCCUGAGACCUCUUUCGUUUACGUGUUCCGAUUUCUUUCUAUCCGACGCCUUAUAAAAAUGCCAGACUAGGCUGCAAUAUGUAAGCUGGGGUAAAAUCGCUGUCUUGUAUAUCUCAAGUUUGGCUUCGGUAGGGAUCAGUUUCCUGAGCCUCAUUAAAACACCAAUCAGCCUACUUGCUUUUUUACAGAUAGUUGAAAUAUGUUCUGGGAAAUGUAGAUGUUUGUCUACAGUGACACCUAAUAAUUUAAGUCCCUCAGUGAUGUUAAUGAGAAGGCCAUUUAUGUCUAACGUCAGCUGAGAUGGCUUAUGUUUACUUCCGAUAAUCAUGGCUUGAAAUUUGUUCAAGUUGCCAACCAAAUGGUUUUCUUUCUACCAUGACGACAUUUGUUCCCCUUCAUACUUGAUCCUCUCCAUAAGGACAUUUAUGUUACUAUGCCAUAAUAGAGUUGGUGAUCGUCAGCAUACAUUGAAAGACUAGCUGAACGGUCCAGUUUGAUCACUUCGAGAUGCUUGGUUCAACUUUUCCAAGAAACCUAACAAAAUUAAAAACCGGCUCAUCCAGGAUUUCAACCGGCUGGCCAUGGUAUAAUCAUACAGUGCGGCUGGGAAGUUGGUCAAAGUAUAACUUCUCCACCCAUGCAGGAUCACAUGAUGACAUUAAGACAAGUACAUCCCAUUUUUCUCCCAUUCCCCUUCAAGAAUUAGCUCUUGGCUAUAAUCCUCAAAUUAAAGGGCGACCUUAUCUACCUGGUUCAACUUCUGGAGGAUUCCCAGAAUUUCUUCCUGGACCUCAAGAGGGUAGUUCAUUCCCGAAGGCUUAUGAAGUAAAAAACUCUCAGCAGUAUGAUGUCAAAGGCUGGUCACUCGUAUGCCGUCAGCUCAUUGACGAAGAGCUUGCCAUUCAUGGGGCAAUUCUCAUAAGGAAUCUUCCACUUAGUAGCAUGGGCGAUUUCCAAAAUUUUCUUCAGAACCUCAACUUUAAGUUUUUUGAACAUGGAGUUACAGGUUAUAGGACCCCAUUGGGGGGGCAUGUGUACACAGCCUCAGAUGACCCCCCAGAGGUUACUAUAGAACCACAUAAUGAAUGCUCCUAUUCACCAUUAUUUCCAAAGAAGAUAGUGAUGUUCUGUUUAAGAGAACCUAACCCAUCUUGUGGCGGUGAAACUGUUCUCCUGAAAAGCCAAGAUUUGACUGCCUCCUUGGAUCCCAAAGUGAUUCAAAAGUUUGAGGCAAAGAAGAUUCGCUAUCAAGCCUUUCUCCCAAACAAAGACACAGGAGCUGGACUUCAGAAGAGCUGGCAAGAUAGAUUCUGGAUGGAUGAUCCCAAGGAGGUGCAAACAAUUCUUGAAUUAAACGGAUGGAGCUACUCUUGGGACAAGGGGAAAAAUCUUCGCUACUGGUACCUUAAUUCACCUGUCAUACAACACCCCAUAACUGGGGAGAAGAUAUGGUUUAAUCAAAUAACAAGCUAUAAUGCAAGCUAUUUCAGAGCUCUCCCUCUGUAUGAAAAUACUGGUGAUAGUAUGAAAGAUGAUCAAUUCCCCUUUCACUGUUACUAUGGUGAUGGAUCUGAUAUUGAACCUGAGGUCCUUCAGCAUAUUCGUGAAGUAAUGUGGUCCUAUGCAGUGGGAUUUUGGUGGCGGACAUUUGAUGUUGCUGUACUAGAUAAUCAACAGGUUUUACAUGGAAGGAUGGGAUGGACUGGAGACAGGAAACUUGUGACUUCACUAAUAGCAGAGUAAAGUUGUGAAUCCUUUUUAAUG